CGCGGCCCAGGCUAGCGUGGGGCGUGCGUCGGCAUCGCGGUCAGGAAAGGGAUUCUGGGUAACGGCCCCGGCCCCCUGGGGCGGCUGGCUCCGCGCAGCAAGUUCCAGUCACGCCAAGUCCGUUGGCAGUGGCAGUUGUAGGGUCGGGGGCAGGCGGACAUGGAGCAGCCGUGGCCGCCGCCAGGACCUUGGAGCCUCCCUCGGGCCGAGGGGGAGGCUGAGGAAGAGAGUGACUUGGACGUGUCCCCUGGUUCUCCCCGCUGCCCCCAGCUGCCGGGCGGCGGCGCCCAGAUGUAUAGCCAUGGAAUUGAACUGGCUUGCCAAAAGCAGAAAGAGUUUGUGAAGAGCUCUGUGGCGUGCAAAUGGAAUCUCGCUGAAGCUCAGCAGAAACUUGGUAGCUUAGCACUGCAUAACUCUGAGUCCUUGGAUCAGGAACAUGCCAAAGCACAAACAGCCGUAUCAGAACUGAGGCAACGGGAAGAGGAAUGGCGGCAGAAAGAAGAGGCUCUAGUACAAAGAGAGAGAAUGUGUCUGUGGAACAUGGAUGCCAUAAGCAAGGAUGUUUUUAAUAAGAGUUUUAUUAAUCAAGAUAAAAGGAAAGAAACAGAAGAUGAAGAUAAAUCAAAAUCAUUUAUGCAGAAAUAUGAGCAAAAAAUCAGACAUUUUGGUAUGUUGAGUCGAUGGGAUGAUAGUCAGAGAUUUUUGUCUGACCAUCCAUACCUUGUAUGUGAAGAAACUGCUAAAUAUCUUAUUUUAUGGUGUUUUCAUCUAGAAGCUGAACAGAAAGGGGCUUUAAUGGAACAAAUAGCACAUCAAGCUGUUGUAAUGCAGUUUAUUAUGGAAAUGGCCAAAAGUUGUAAUGUGGAUCCAAGAGGGUGUUUUCGUUUGUUUUUCCAGAAAGCCAAAGCAGAGGAAGAAGGUUAUUUUGAAGCAUUCAAAAAUGAACUUGAAGCUUUCAAGUCAAGAGUCAGACUUUAUUCUCAAUCACCAAGUUUUCAGCCUAUGACAGUGCAGAAUCAUGUUCCCCAUUCUGGUAUUGGAUCUAUAGGUUUAUUAGAAUCCUUACCACAGGUAUUUAGAGAGACACCAAAUUCCACUGCUAAUCCAGAUUAUCUUCAGUAUUCUAUCAAUACAGCUCUCUGCAGUUUAAACUCAGUGGUACAUAAAGAAGAUGAUGAACCCAAAAUGAUGGACACUGUAUAAUUUGGUUAAGACUGCUGAGGCCAAGUGCUAUUUUGUUACAAGAAAGGAAGAACUUGGCUAUUUUCUUGACACUUUUAUGGGUGCUGCACUUUAUUUUUGUUCAGUUUUUGAUGGGAGGGAAAAAAGAGUACUGAAACGUUUUGUAACAUUUUUUUUUAUGUGCUGCUAGGUUUUUUUGUUUUGUUUUGUUUUUCCUGGAGAGAGGAGUGGUACGGUAUGUUGCAGGAAGUCAAACUGGACUUUUUUUUUUUUUGCGCUACUAAAUUUGCCUUUAAUCUUAUUGUUCUCAAUUUUGGAAUCAAAGUAUGAAAAUCUGCACAAAUGUAAUGUUUACAAGAACUGGUUGAUUCUAGGAGGCAUCUGCUACAGUCUCUUUUUAUAUGGAUAUGUACAUGUCCUAUUCUAUAAAAAUGAUUAAAGAUAAAAAAUGUACUUGUAUCCUACUGCUAAUUUAGCUGUCAGAUCUCGUGUUUCAUCAUAUUAAAAGCAAUAAAUCAGUAGUUGAUAAUCUACUAAAUAAGCUGGGUGGUACAAAUGAAAACAAAGUCUUUCCCCUUAAAAUAAUAUUAUGUUUGUAUUUUCGGCACCAUCAGUUAAAUCCUUGACUAAUAUCUAUUUUAUAUAAACACUAAAUUUAUUCCGUUAAGUAUUCUCAAAACUAUAUUCCUUAGAAGUUGAUUUUACUCUGUUGACUUUUUAAUAUUAAGCAUUGUAGUGAUAUAAAAAGUGAUAAAGCUAAUAUUUUUUUUAAUAAGAUCAACUUCAAGCUCACUCUUAAUUUCUGUACUUGACAUAGUCUGGGAUCUCUCAGGGAGCAAGUUUUAAAAGAAUACUAAUGGCCUGUAAGAACAAACAGGAAGAAGAAUCUGACUUUUUAAAUUAUGGUUAUUGUUUGUUUCACUCUAGUGUAGCCCAAGGACUUUUUUAAAAAGCAAGAGAAAUCUUGUAGAGCUAACUGCCUUGACCUGGCAACUACUUAUUUCUAAGAACUUAGUGAUCGUUAUCGGUAAUGAUGGCUUUUACUACAUUUGUCAUUCCUCUUAUUAGCUCAGUUACCAUAGAAUGCUUCUUAGCUUUACUACGUCCUAUAUAAUUCACUUCAAAUAUGCCAUGAUAUUUGAUGAUUCAUUUUAUUUGGAGUUAGAUGACAGUGCUAAUUAUGCUAUCCUUAUUAUGUGAGGAUUAAUCUUCUGAUGUAUAGGAACAUGAACUUUGAUUUGUAUUGAGUGUAGUCUUUGGUUCAGUCCCAUUGAGACUAGUAGCAAACAUUUGGAAAUGGCUUGCUGGGAUUGGGAAUACAUUCCUCAAUUUCAGAAACCAAAUAAUGCUAAGGGACCCAUAUGGUGAUCAGACCUGUGACCUUGGCCUCAUUUGCACCUUGUCUUAACUGAGGUGAUAAGGCACUCACUAUCCAUAGAAAUGGACUGGAAUUACUGAAUCAUACUUCUGUAACAUCACAAUCUUCCUGGUUUUCAGAAUAAAACUCUUUGUGCUUUUGAUAUAAAUAUAUACUCUAUAAUAAAAUGUUUGACUAAUUUAUAUGGUAGUAUUCAUCAGCCUGUAUUUUUUUUUUUUUUUACCGAUGACCUAGUUAUAGAACUUUUUUUCUCUUUUAGCAAGCUCUUGUUUUUCCCUUCCUAUCAGAUAGGGAAUGGACACAGGAGUAAAAUCCCGUUUCACAGAAAUGUUACUUGAACCAUUACUUCCAUUCCUCGACUUCACUUUUCGCCAGGAUUUGCCUCUUAAGCAUCCAAAUUGUUUUGAAUGUCAUUUUACCUUCUAUAAGAUAGAGGUAUUAAUGACUGAAGACUAGAAGGAGAGAAAUUAUCAACGAACUGACUGUUCUGAAGGGUUUUUUGGUUUUUGUUUUCUAAAACAGGAAGUAUUCAAGAGCUAUUUAAAUUUUGGCUAUGUCUGUUUUUUAACUUUGAAAAGGAAGUGUUCUAUGUUUUGAUUGUGAAAAUGUGAUUGGAUUUAUUUUGGGAACCAGUGACUGAUGCCAGAAUUUACACUUAAAGACUAUGACUGUUACGUAUUUAGCAGUACUUUAGUAUUAAGAACAGUAAAUUGACAUCCUUUUUAUUUUGUUUUAUUUUGCUGCAGUACUAAGAACUAACUCCUCUUAAGAGAAAUGUUCUCUUUUCUGUUUCUUAAGAAAUAAUAAGAGCAUACUAAGCAAAGGGACAAUUCAUAUUUCACGUUGGACAAUUUUCUCUAAACAAACUAUGGAAAGUCCAAACAGAUGAAUGAAACAUCUUUGACAUCAAAGUACCCAUCAAAGAUUUUUGUUUCGUUUGGUAAAAUUAAUCUUCUAAUAAAAGAUUUUUUUAAAACCAAAUAGUUAUCACUCUAUUUAUUCCCUAUUAACUCAGUGUCAUUUUAUCAAUGGUGGUGGAGAUAAUACUGAUUGGAAAUUAUUCUCUAGGAGAGACAGAUUAGUAACAUUCUCAUCCAAUUAUACCAUCAGUUGGCUCUUUCAAAUCUUGCAUAAUAAGCUCACAAUCUCCUACAACUUCUCUUUAGGAAAACUGGGUCUUCAUUCAGACUAGUAUUCCUAUUAAAGUGAUUUAACGUGUUGCCCAAAGAACAAGAAUUUAGUAAGUAGUCUUUCUUACAGGAUGAAAAAUGUGAUUGCGGGUUUAGGCAAAGUGAUCUUGAAGUUAACCUUGAGGUAUUUUCAGAAAAAAUAAAAAGAUGUCAAUGUACUGUCCUCAGAGUCAGUCGUGUAUUUCAGUUCUUAAAUUGAUGUGGGACAGAAAUGUACUUGUCUGUGUUGAGGUCAGGCUUUUCAUUUCCAUUUUGCGACUAUAGCAUAUAGUUUUAAUAAGUCCUAAAAUUCUAUGCAUCCAUUUCCCAUCUGUAACAGACAUGAAUGUACUAUUUCACAGGUCUUCUGAGAAGCUGAUUCAUCUAAUAAGUUUUUCCUUGCUUACUAUGUAAGCUCAUGGAGGGGAGGGGAUACAAAGAAGAAUAAAAGUUGAUUAUAAAUUGCUUACCAUCUAAUAAUGAAGUCAAAACCAUUCUCAUAAGCCUUGAAGAAUUAGACAUGAAGUUUAAUCUUUUCUAAAUAUGAAAAUGAUAAAAAUACAUCUUUCAACCUGUUUCUUUAGACAGCAUGCUUCUGCAUGCUGUUUACUCUUUUAAACACUUUAAAUUUAGAGUCCUUUGGUUAAGUGUGACACAUCACCAGAUUGAUUUACACUGUGGCGAAAUCCUUCCAAAGUGCAAUCUGGCACGACAGUUUAACUUCACUCACUGCUGUAUAUAUAGAAGACACGUGAACGUUAAAGAAACGCAGGAAGAGGGGUAUGAACUCUACAAAGCACACUGGCUUUUACCAGAAUCUUAAAGCACAGGGAGACUAUUUUGACUGUGUUUUAAAAUUUUUAAACUGUAUCCUCCGAAGUCAAAAUCUUGAAUUAGAAAGCUAAGAAAGCUAUUUCUGCGGUUUACCAGUGUCUGGGAAUAUUUUCUUUUGUCACUGAGAAGACACCUUAUAAACAUGUUUUAAAAUAGAAAUUUAUUUUUGCUGUUGGUUGCAAGUAUUACAGCAAUUUAAUCUGAGGUUUGUAAUGACCAUGAUUUGUUGUUAACAUAGGUAAGUUUGUCAGAAUCUAUGAGUGUCCAAAAUAUUUUAUUUUGCUAGAAUGCCAUUGUAAAUAGCUGAGGGGGAAGUAGCUAUGGGAUGGGGUUUAGAAAUUUGAGCUGGUAUUUAACCUAUUUCAAAUGUAAUUGAGAAAUAAAAUUUCUGGAUGGUACUGCCACUUUGUAUUUCCCACAGCACACAAUGCUUAUGAAAGGUGUACCAAAAUAACUAUGGCACUCCAGAAAAUAGGGUAAUGAGUUGAUGUACUGUUCUCAUUAGCCUUUAACUAAGGCCUAGUAACUUCUAGCCAUGGCAUUCAGCUCCAGACAUAUUUCCGUGUGGCACAUAAAUCAUAACGAUGGUCGCUGCAGCAUUUUUAUGGUUUUUAGCAGGAUGUACUCCUCAGCAAUGAGAUUGUUCAUCAGAGCUGUCUGUGACAUCAACUCAGCAUGAAACAAAUUUUUUUUGUUUGCUUUAAUAAAGAAAAAAGUAAUAGUGCAGGUGUUUCCCAAAGUAAUGGAUGCAAGUACAAAACUUUGGGUUAAGUGUUUUGGGUGUGGGGAGAAAAUGGUCACGGGAAAGAAGUCUUGAGUCUUCAUAGCCAUGUUCUUCUACCCCUCUUUUUAAUUUCCAAAUCUCUUAAGGGUGUCAAGAGG